AUGGGCCAAAGCUCCAGCGAAGAAGCCAAGCCUGAAACAGUGGAAGGUGAACUGAAACAGUGGGUGAAAACAGAAAUGAAGAAAGAACUAAUGAAAUUUAAAGAAGGGGAUGCUGAAGCCCGAGAGGACCAUGUGGAAAGGAGGAAGAAAAGUGAUCUUGCAGAGAGACAAGAAAUUGGGGGGGAAGGUGGCAGUGAGACUGCAGAUGAAAUGAAGGAGCUGAAAGAUUGGGUCGAGAAAGAGCUGAAGGAGAAAGAAAAACAGAGAAUGAAGAGGGAGGAAGAGAUAAAAAUGAAAGAAGAAAGCUUUUCAGGCAAGAGAGAAGAAGAUGAGACUGUGGGAGGACGAGAUUUUGAGGAGGGAGGAUGGAUUGAAAAGAAAAUUUCACCAGAUGCAAUACAUUCCUACGCAGCAACUCAUUGA